AUGUUUCCUUCUAUUCAAAUGAACAACACUGAAUGUCACUGCACCAGAUGCAAUAAUAUUGAUCAAGGAGUUUCCCGAGUAUUGAGACGUACUGCUCAGCGCCAUAAUAAAAGAGCUAUAUUUGAAGUAAUCCCAACAUAUCAAUCCGAUUCUAUGGAAGCAAUGGACGGUCAGGCCUACUCACCUAUUCUGGAUGCCGUCUCGACAUUUGACAAUGACGUCUUUGUUGUCGGACACACCAAUGACAAUAACAGUGAUGAAAAUGGCGAAGAAGACUUUGCUAAUAUUGAUGUCGAAGAGUUUGACAGUGAAGACCCUUUUGCUGCUUCUGGUAUGCCCAAGAAUCCAGUGCACAGAUUUAUUGCUACUUUUACAGUACUGUUCGCAUCUCGUUACGUAGUCAAUAAGGGUUCUGUUGUCUUGAUUGAGUUCAUCAACAAGCUCUUGAAGAUUUAUAGACAACAUUUCCAACUUCCCGAAAGUCUGACUGGGCUACAUAAAAUGACUGGCUUUUCGUCUAUCACCAAAGGCAUCAAGCGAUUUGUGUCAUGUCCAAACUGCCAUUGCAUCUAUGAAGAAAACAUGUCCGUACCUCCCUAUUGUAUUUUCACAAAUGUUCGUGCACGCUCUCCUUGUGGUUUACGUGGAACGAUCAUUGAUCCCAUGCAUAAUUUAUUCCUAGGGACGCCAAAGAGAAUGAUGGACCGGUGGGUCGAUAAGAAAACGAUUGGAGCCAAAGAGUUUGCUGCCAUGGAAAAAAUCGCAGAGACAAUGGUCCUUCCGACGGAUUAUACAAAGCUGAUAUCAAAGAUUGGAAAAGGCUUUCCUUACAUGAAAGCCGACGACUGGAAAUCCUGGGUACUGGUGUAUUCUCCUGUUCUCCUGCAUGGUGUUCUACCAUUCGAAAUGUACAACAACUGGAUGAAUUUUGUCUGUGCAUGCCGCUAUCUUAUCAAGCCAAGAAUCACAUUUGAUGAAGUGAACAGCGCCCAUGACUAUCUGGAAAUGUUUUGCAAAAAGGCUACCAAACUCUACACUCCCACCAUCCUCACCUGCAAGAUGCACCAGCACCUCCAUCUUCGCAAGACCAUUCAUGAUUUUGGAACCGUGUACAGUUACUGGCUCUUUGGGUUUGAGAGAUACAAUGACCUGUUGAAGCAUAUCAAGACAAAUAGAAAAGAUAGUUUUGAGGCAACAUAUAUGAGAAGUUUUGUUCAAAACGCAUUCAAGGGUGACUAUGCCAAUGCUGUUCUGAAAAGUUCUAGCCACGUCCCCUUUCUCAACAUUCUCUCAAAGCUUUCUCCAAAAUUCACACCUACCACCACAGUCAUUACCCUCUCCUCCCGUCCAUUCCGAUUGCAAUCAUUCUUACUAGCAUUGUCCAACCCACAUCUUCCUCCAAAGAGUAAUGAACCUCUCUCUCCUUCCACUUUUCCUCUUCAGCUAAAAAAAUCAUCACUGAUAGAUGAAACCGACUAUGCCCAUCUGCUUCAGCACUAUAAAACAUCCUAA